CUGCAGUAUCACUACUAUAUGGUAGACUGCCCUCUUAUUUGAAACCGAACCUCCAUCUGGCUUGAUAAAGUAUAAAAUCUGCGUCAUGAUGACCAGAUAAACUAAAGAAAUUCACGAAUUGUGCUUACAAUCAAGCCAGCUCUUCUAGCCUAGGCUACGCAACGAAGCACUUUGAGAUAGAAACGUUAUCGUAUUAUUGAUAAACGAGGAGCGUGUUUAAAGGAACGAGUACGGUAACGUUCGUUGUCACGUGACAGAUAUAUCCGGUCACUCGAUCUUGUUUGUUUCGUCUGCUAGCCUACAAAACAGACUGGCGUUUUGACUGUUGGGCUCAGUUCGGAUCUUGGUUGGAGUUGAGAGCAGUUCGUAAGCUUAGAUUCGCGGUUGUGAAGCUCGUCCUUUUUUCUGGUAUUGUUAAAACUAGUUCUGUGGAUAGGUGUGCUCACAGUCUUCUUCUCAAUAAUAAUUUGUAAUUAAAAACGCCGCUCCUCAAACAUGGAAAAAAAGAACGGACCAAAAGGAGACAUAAAGGCAAAAUCAACACCAAGCUCCCUUUCAGCUAAUAAGGAUGUAAACAUUGGACGACCGAGAGUGCGAGGAGUUGACAUCAUGCGGGAUCCAAUACUUAACAAAGGCAUGGCGUUCACCCUGGAGGAACGUCAACUACUGGGCAUCCACGGCCUUCUGCCACCCGCGCUGCUGACACAAGAUAGACAAGCUUAUCAAGUGAUGCAGAAUUUUUAUCGUUGGGACAACGAUCUUGACCGUUUCAUCUUUUUGAUGGGCUUGCAGGAUCGUGACGAAAAACUGUUCUAUCGAACUGUUAUCGAGAAUAUCGAACUCAUGAUGCCCAUUAUUUACACACCCACUGUUGGCUUGGCCUGUCAGAAAUACGGCAUGAUCUUCAGAAAACCAAGGCCAUUGUGGUAACCGACGGUGAGCGUAUUCUUGGACUGGGUGACUUGGGCGCCUAUGGUAUGGGCAUUCCCAUUGGCAAACUGUCCUUGUAUACUGCCUGUGCAGGGAUACAGCCCCACAGCUGUCUGCCUAUCACAAUUGAUGUGGGCACCAACAAUGAGCAAAUCCGUAAUGAUCCACUGUACAUUGGUUUGAGGGAACCUCGGGUGACCGGUGCACUUUACGAUCAGCUGAUAGAUGAGUUUAUGGAAGCUGUCGUCAAAAGAUACGGGAAGAACUGUCUAAUCCAGUUUGAAGACUUUGGCAAUCACAACGCUUUCAGAUUUUUGGAGAAAUACAGAGAAAAGUUCUGUACCUUUAAUGAUGAUAUUCAAGGACCGACCCAAAGGAGGUGUCACUGGAGAAAAGCUGCUGUUUGCCAAGAAGCAUGCACCUGUUGACAAGCUGGAGGAUAUCGUCACGGCUAUAAAGCCUACAGCUAUAAUAGGGGCAGCUGCAGUGCCAGGAGCUUUCAAUGAGAAGAUCCUCACAGACAUGGGCAAAAUCAAUGACCGCCCCAUCAUCUUUGCUCUGAGCAACCCCACUAGCAAAGCUGAGUGCACAGCUGAAGAGGCCUACAGAGCCACUGAUGGUAGAGCAGUGUUUGCCAGUGGCAGUCCUUUCCGAUCUGUUCAGUACAAAGGAAAGACAUUCUACCCUGGCCAAGGUAACAAUGCCUACAUUUUCCCUGGUCUUGCUCUUGCAAUCAUUGCUGCUGACAUUCGCUAUGUGACUGAAGACAUUUUUCUGGCAGCUGCAGAGUCGUUAGCCCGCAUGGUGACCAAAGGGAACUUGGAUGAGGGCCGUGUGUAUCCUCCACUAAGCGACAUCCGCUGUGUGUCCCUCAAACUGGCAGAGGACAUCAUUGCUUUUGCCUACAAGAAUAACUUGGCCUUCAGGUACCCUCAGCCAAGCAACAUCAAGGCUUUCCUGGAUGAGAUGAUCUACGACACAGACUAUGUGUCCUACAUUCCUCCUGUAUACACAUGGCCCGAGACCGCAGGGAAGACUUCUUUAUAACUGCUCUCACAUAAUAUGUCUUCAAUUUGGUGGGUUUGAUUGAUUGACAAUCUCAGAUUUUCUAGUUACUUUUUUUUUUCUUUCAAAUUUUGUUCAAGACUUUUGUCUCUGUAGGCCUACGCAUUUGUUUGUGUACAGAGGAAGUCCUCUUUUCUUUGGACAAAAUCUAAGGGGUAUUUAUUUCAACUUAGUGAAACUUAUUUCUGAAGCCUAACCUUCAGUCCAUUUAUGAACUUGUUUGUUUGUUUGUUUGUUUCAGUUGCAUAGCAACAUGCUGACACCUUUAAAGUUGUAUGGUGCUUGCAUAUAUAUACAUUAUAUAUAUGUAAGAGAACACAAUAGAAAAAAAUAAAGUGAACCAACUGUGUUCUCCCAAUAUGUUCUGUGCUUGUUGGGAGGAACAUAGGGUUUCCCCCAGUUUUUACUAUGUGGGUCAUUGCGGUGGAAUCAGGGGCUCGUCAAAUUUUAGGGAAUGGAUAAAUCAGUAUUUUUCCGACUGUUGGAGGUUUGUAUCUAAAAAAAAUUUUUUUUUUUACUUUUUAGCUCAGAAACCUCCAUCCAUUAAAGAACACAUUCUAGGGUGAAUCUUAUUGAAGAAUGUUCAAAACCAAAAAUAUGUUAUUUUAUAGGGCAAAUGCAAAAAUCACCAACCUUUGGCAGCCAUUUUCUUGCCAAUUUCACCUGUUACAUCAGUAACCCCCACUUUCUUUAAUCAUAAAUCUACAUCUCAACUUUUAUGCAACAUAAAUCAAUUUCUUUUUUCAACAAGCUCAAAAAAAAAAAAAAAACAGGGUUUAAUUUUAUGCUCAGAAAUUUAUGAGCGCCCGAUUCCACCGUACUGUGACACAUGUACGUUGCAUUGCUGUCUGGGUGUUAAGAUUACAAUUUUGUUUUGAAAAGAAAAA